CAAAAAUAUACAUGGAGACUAAAGCAAAUAAUGAGUCUCCAGUUUUGAGACUAACCGAUGAUUCAGUUUCUGCGAGAACAGGAACGUUGUGGACGGCCGUGGCACAUAUAAUAACAGGAGUGAUCGGCGCAGGAGUUUUGUCUUUGGCUUGGGCCACGGCGGAGCUUGGCUGGAUCGGUGGUCCUGCGGCCCUUAUAGCCUUCGCUGGAGUCACACUUGUCUCUGCUUUUCUUCUUUCCGACUGCUAUCUUUUUCCUGAUUCCAAGAACGGUCCCUUCCGCCUUAACUCCUACUCUCAAGCCGUUAAAGUGUAUUUAGGGAGGAAGAACCAGAUUGUAUGUGGGGUCUUUGUAUACAUUAGUCUUAUUGGUGUGGGUGUUGCUUAUACCAUUGUGACAGCUACUUGCAUAAGAGCAAUUUUUAGAUCGAAUUGUUAUCAUAGAAAAGGACACAAUGCAACAUGUUCUUAUGGAUACAAGAACAACUACUUCAUGCUUUUGUUCGGUGUGCUUCAGAUCUUUAUGUCACAAAUACCUAAUUUCCACGACAUGCUUUGGCUCUCUGUUGUCGCUGCGAUUAUGUCUUUUGCUUAUUCAUCCAUUGGCCUCGGUCUCGCUGUUGGCCGAAUCAUAGAAAAAAGGCAAAUUGAAGGAAGUGUAAAAGGAAGUCCAGCAGAAAACAGAGGUGCAAAAGUAUGGUUAGUGUUCCAAGCUCUUGGGAACAUUGCCUUUUCUUAUCCUUUCUCAAUCAUACUUCUUGAGAUUCAGGAUACAUUGAGAUCGCCACCGCCAGAGAAGCAAACUAUGAAGAAAGCUUCAACGGCUGCAGUAUUCAUCACAACAUUCUUCUACCUUUGUUGCGGAUGUUUUGGUUACGCAGCAUUUGGAGAUGCCACCCCGGGAAAUCUCUUGACCGGUUUUGGUUUCUAUGAGCCAUUUUGGCUUGUCGAUUUCGCUAACGCUUGCAUUGUUCUUCAUUUAGUUGGUGGAUAUCAGGUCUAUAGUCAGCCGAUUUUUGCAGCCAUGGAAAGAGGGCUAACCGAGAGAUACCCACAAAACAAGUUCAUCACUAAAUUCUACGAAUUGAAGCUGCCAUCAUCACGAGGAGUAGUGGUGACACUGAGUCCAAUGAGGUUGUGUCUGAGAACGAUGUAUGUGGUGAUAAUAACAGGAGUGUCAAUGUUGUUUCCAUACUUCAACGAAGUACUUGGAGUCCUAGGAGCACUUGGGUUUUGGCCGUUGGCUGUGUAUUUCCCUGUGGAGAUAUGUAUAUUGCAGAAGAAGAUCCCUGUUUGGACGCGACAAUGGAUUCUUCUUAGAGCUUUUAGCUUGGUUUGCUUGCUCGUCUCUGUCUUGGCUCUUGUUGGAUCCAUUUAUGGACUUGUUGGAGCAAAACUCCGAUGAUUAAACAACUUAUUUUGAAACAUACUAGGUUUGUGUUAAAGAAAUGAUAAUGAUAGAUAUAUUAUGUUUGUUUUGGCUUGAACAAAUCGUAAAAUAGUAUUUUC